GGGGAUUAUCACCCAAGUAAAUGCGAUGUGUAAAUAUCUAGACCAUGCUUGUUUAUUCGCGCACGCCGUCCAUAGUGCGUUACUGUGUGCAUGCAUGCGCUAGUAACACACCUCGACACUACACACAAAACGAACGAUACUCUGGUCAGGUGCAUUGUCAUUCGCCUUUCAUUUCAGGUACAUGUGGUCCACUUUUGUGACCUGUUUAAACGGUACACACCCUUGCAGCACCCCACUCGAUUGGAGAUACUCCGCGCGGAGCUGAGCCACAGGCGCCGAAAACGUUUAGAGCACGAACGGAACGAGUUUCUUUUGAAGAAGAAAAAUUCGGAAGGGUUGGAUGCUACGGAGACUGAACCCAUACACAGUGAUGGUCCAAACCCCGCGUGA